AUGUACACGGUGAAGCAAACGCAUCAAGACAACGACUACCGCAACCUGCCCCACAACAAGAUCCUUCGACGCGACUACGUAGUCAACCUGAUUGCCUACAAAGCUGAAGGUAAGAAAAUAUUUUAUGUUGACGAAACUAACUUUAACUUCAAAGGGUCAAACAUCCACGUCAUUGCGUGCAUCUCUGAGGACGGGUUGGCGUACUCGGAGAAGCGCUUUGGCUCCUAUACGUCGGACGAGUGCAACAAGUUCAUUCGGCGGCUGCUGAGGCACAUCGGUCAGACCACGCCCCUCGACAACAUCGUGCCCGUCUGUGAUAAUGCGCCCUGUCACACAAGCAUCGAGGAGGUGUUCGACGAAGAAGAGUUCGCACCCGCCAAGCUGCUGCGCCUGGGGCCCUACUCGCCAAUGCUCAAUCCGAUUGAGAACUGUUUUUCCACUUUCAAGUCCAUGGUCAAGUGCUUCCUGGCGCGCCACCGCCAAGCCAUCCUCCAAGUGCCGCCUCAUCUCACGAUCAAGCAGCACCGCGAAGGGUACCUCAAGAUGGCGGCAGAUCUACUUGUGGGUGAGGCAAUCACUCCCUACAUCUGCUACAAGUGCACGUUGCACACGAUGAAGUUCCAUGCGAGAGCCAUGCCAGUUGGCGAGUAA